AUGGACGACCCAGACCACCCCCAGCCGACCUUCCAGCUCGUCAAGAAAGUCCAGGGCAACAUCUGGCUGGCGAGGAGGCUCGCACAGCACCUGGGAUAUGCCGACGGCGAGGAGUUCGUUGCCCGCAAGGUUGACGACUUUGACGAAUACUAUGACGCUGGGAAAUACGCCGCCGGCUUCACCACCAAGAGGCAGCGAGAGGUCAAGGGCUUGAUGGACCUGCUGUACGACUGCAACAUCGGGCGCAACAUUGCACACAUCUUCAACCACGAAAACAUCAUCUCGCUGGCGGGCUACCUGCGUCAGAAGCCCUUCCACUCGCAGGUGGACGCCACCGAAGACUACCUCGUCUGGGACAUUUGCGAUGCCGGCACGCUAGAGCUCCUCUUCGAGGACCGGACGUUCGAGAAAGAGCCCGGCUGCCACAUGCCCGAGUCGCUCUGCUGGCACGUCCUCACGUCCAUCAUGCGCGCUCUCGUCUGGCUCCACGACGGCUGUCGCCAUGAGAUUGAUUGGGUUACGGGCCAAGGGCACUGGGAGCAUGAAGACUUGGACUGGAUGCCCAUUCUUCACCGCGGCAUCAACGGCAAGAGUAUCUUCUUCCAACACCCGCGCGGCGACGAGACGUACGGCGUCUGCAAGCUGGGCAAGUUUGGCACUGCGUAUGUGUCUGGUGCUCCGGCACGUCGCAAUAGGAAGAUCAACGAUGACAGCAAACCUUUUCCCAACUCCGAUGGACGGGCCGUGGCGCCCUUUGAUGACGAGCACAUGAGCUUGCCCGAGAUGAAGAAGCAGUGGAGAGAAUACAUCAUGAAAGGCGACCUGGCCAAACGCCUGUACACUAUCAGCGACGACCAUUGGGCCCUCGGCGCCGUCCUCUUCCGCAUGAUGCUCGGCUUCCCCCUCCCCUCGCUCGACGGGUGCGAUACCUGCGACUGCGUUCACAUCCGCCGAUGCCAGGACAUCCAAUGCAUCGGAACGAACCGCCACGUUGGCCGCGGCUGCGAGCGCGUCAACUUCCGGGGCUGUGAAUGCACUCACCAGUGCGAUGAGCGCGCAGAUGUCCACAUCGACGAGACACUCAUGCAAGUCGGAUACUCUCAGCACCUCAAGCUCGCCGUGCGGCUCCUCUUGAACUACGACCUGGUCAGCCCGGCUGCCGAGUCGCGGACGCUCUGCGACGAGAUCCAGAAGCUGUACUGCGAGUGGCGGGUGAAGACGGAGGACGGGCGGGAGUACGUGGACGUCAUGGACGACCUCCGCAGGCGCUUCAUCUCGUUGAACGCUCCGAAGGCGUAG